CUCGGGCUUACCCAUUUGCUUUAUUUCGACUCUGGUACAGGAGCAUCCCAUCUGCAAAGUGAAGUCGAGAAACAGGGAUUUAAUCGAAAUUAUGCUGUAUUGAAGAACGCAUUUAAGAAUACUCUGAUAAAGCCUCGAGAGGACUAUGUCGAUGUAUUUUUUCGUCAUCUAGAACAGUGUGCGAGUAUAUGGACGCCGCAACAGUUCUAUGCUCCGUACACAUCACUCAUACAAGCCAGCGGUACUGGCAAGUCAAGACUAUUAAGAGAAUUAGCAUUUGAAAAAGGCGUCUUUGUGGUAUAUAUUUGUUUGCGUGAUUCAGAAUCGAGGGGCUACCCAAAGCGUUCCAUCAUUGCUGAUGUACUCACUGGACAAGCUUUUCCGGAAGCUCAUUAUCUUACUUUCUUAUCGGCUUUGUUUGGUGUAUGUUCAGAAUUCUUCGAUCAAGAACUUCGUAAAGAUGCGGAAAAUAUAUGUGGCCGCGUGUUCGACAUUUUUAUUAGUGACAAAGAUGACGAAAUGUUCGAGUUGCAAAACAUAUUUUGGAAUAACGUGUCAGAACAGAUGAAAUCGCAAGAGACCUCGAACAAGCCAGCGUCUGUUGUUGAAGAAUUAGAGAGUCGCUAUAACGAUCUCAUGAUUACUUUGAAAAAACUGAACAACCCCUCUUCAUUUAAAAUGUUGUUAGCCCUCGACGAGGCCGGUGUAUUGAUUGACAGAAAGAAUAACAAAGGUAAUUUUUAUCACUUACGGAGGGCGCUACAGGCUGUUCCACAUGGGGGCGAUGCCUGCUUUAUGGCACUUUUCACUGAUACACUCUCAAGAGUCUCGAAUUUCUCUCCUGCCAAACGCCAUGAUCCAUCCACCAGAGUCGGUGAUGGAGAGAGGCUGUACAAACCAUUUUACCUUCUUGACGUAUUUGACUGCCGCAUGCAACGACCAGCACAUAUUACAGUUUCAUCAUCAAUAGCUCAAAUUCGCAAUAUGGGACGACCUCUUUGGGCAGAUGUUGACGAAGGAGCUAUUAUAGAGUACGCCAUGGAGAAAGUCCUCUGUGACAGAAAAAAAGCCAGAAACAUAUAUGAAGCGGAGCAUAAAGUGGUUAUCGAAAAAGUAACAGAAGCACUAGCGAUUCUUGGACCACGGCUCUAUUUAGAAAUCUCAAACCUUUCGCAGCAAGCGUCCGAGUUAGUCAGUAGCCAUAUGAGAAUCUUGCGCCAUGUCGAUGAGACACGGGAAUCCCUUGCCACAACAUCUCCAAGUGAACCCGUGUUAGCCGAGGCUGCAAGCCAUAUAAUGAACUGUUCUGGGAUUCUCGUGCAAGUUUUGGACCACUUAGUCAGCUCAAUCAGAAAUCACGUUGUUGUCAACGCAGGUGAUCAGGGUGAACUUGUUGGCAGAAUCCUGUGUCUUCUGGCAAUUGACAAAGCGAUUCAGUCGGAAUCCAAACAAUCAGAAUCCAAUCUCUGGAACAUGUACUCACAGCCCAUCACCGUACAGGAGUUUUUCGACGCACUCGUUGGUUCGGAGUCGUGCAAAAAGCUUAGUCCGAUUUUUGCCAAAAAAGCCAAUGGCGUGAUGCUCCGCAAUAGCAAGGUCAGGUUUAAUCAUUUCGCAUAUGUUGAGUUCACUCCUACUAGACUGGAUCUUGUCAACUUUUUCUUUCGUGGGGCAGCUGUGUUUUGUAAGCGAAAUCAAAAGGGAGUGGAUAUCAUCAUUCCAGUUGCCAUGGUUCGAGAUGAUGAAACUCCAAUCACAGAGAAGAAUGUGACGUUCAUCGGUAUCCAAGUCAGGAAUCGUGAAGCUGAUGGUCCAACUGGUGACGAAGAUCAGCAAGAAGGGAGCACACAAUCGUUCAAACGACAGAAGAUGGAUAAUAUAUUCAAACAAACAGCUCGCUAUAUUGGUAUUGAUGACUGCAAACCCUUCCCUCUACCUUACCUUGGGAUUUACAUGAGUCUUGGAGUGACAUCUGAAGGUAUUGAAUACAAUAGCACUUUAGACAUUGGAGUGACGACACGAACAGAUGCCAAGGACAGAAUGGGACAUUUGAGCAUUUAUGGACUCUCAAAAAACGUGUACGCAUGUUUCAAUGAUGCAGACAGUGACAUAAUAGAAUCACUGUUGCACAAGUUGUUGAUAUCUUAUGUUGACCCUGUCGAAAAAGAAAAUGGCAUUCUGUGGG